AUGGCCACCAACCAGCAACUGUUUUUCUGUUACCCAGCCAUCGUGCCCAACGCGCUGCAGGGCAAGUGCUCCCAGUGCACGCAGCAGCAGAAGGUGAUCAUCGGCUCCAUCGUGCAGACCAUGCAGAAGAAGUUCCCCAACGAGUGGGAGAAGCUCCUCCAGAAGUACGACCCGGAAAAGAAGUACCGCGAGGACAUCCUGGCCCUGGCCAAGGCCGUGCCCACCGGCGCCCCCACCGCUGCCGCCGCCGCCACCACCGCCAAGCCCUAAGCGGCCCCGGACACGGCCCCGGCCGCGCCCGAGCACGACGCCGACGAGACCUACGGACCUUCCCGACGAACGCACUGGACCAGGAACGCGACACCAGCGGCAAGCAAACCGGACGACGACGCCCAUCGCAUUUUGAUCACAUCUCAUGAAUAAAAAAAAAGCUUUAAUUCUCCUGCUAAA